AAAAAAAUGUCAGUGUUUCGUUUUCGGUUGAAUGGGAAACUGUGUGUUAAUAUGUAUAUUGUUUUUUAAGAGCGGCAUGGUUUUGUUCAAUUAAAAUUCGAUAGCAACGGGGAUAAUAUUUGUGAGGCCCAAAAUUAUUCCAUGCUUGUUAACUUACGUGCUGCCAUUUUGGUAUAUUCAAUGAAAUAACUAGAAAAGUGGUAAAUAAGUUCAUUCGGUCACGGUAGUAAAUAGUUUAGGGUGCAAAAUUCACCGAAGCCAAAUUGCAUUCGCAAGUAGAAAAUGGAAGAGUUCGUUGUUUGUGUGAGUGGAGUUUAAGAAAGAAGUGCGCUGAAAAGGUGGCAAAAAGCAAAAGCAAAGGCAAACAGAACGACGCAUUAUUAAAGUGUAAAAGAGCCAAAAAGGAAGCCAAUUGUAGUGUUCGUGCAAAUGAUGAACAUCAAAUGCGAUAAGAGAAUUGAGUUCCAUUAAAAGCGGUAGUGGUUGUGUUAUUGCUGUUAAAAAAUAUAAAAUGAAUAAGUGAUUGUGAUACGAUAUAAAAUAUAGUCCGGAUUGUUCAUGAAAAAGCAACGUCAAAUGUGAUCCGUUCAAAGUCCAAACAAUGAAGUAACACAUUUAUGAAACAGGUGUCAUUCUAUAAAGUAAACAUUUACUAGUUAUGUUUGGGCUCGCAUAAGAGUAUAUUUUUGUGAAAUCAGUACUCCAUUCAACGGCUGGGCCUAGGUUUGAAUACUCUGCACCCACAAAUAACAACGAGCAAACAACAGCGAAAAGACUGAAGAAGAAAAUAAUGAACAUGUGUCGAAGUCAACCACUGUGAGUAAUAAAGAAGAAACAACUGCAACAACAUGAAUAAAAAAAACUGCUACAAACGAUGUUUGUAGACGACUACUCAGGCGAAGAGGAACAAGUAAAGUGGAUGAGAAUGAAGUAUCAAUAGAGUUGAUAGAAGAUUACGAUCAUACACAUAAUUCGAGAAUGAUUAGAACGCUGGCGAGCAUUCGAGCACUUAAAACUACAUAUUUGGAAAAUUAAUGGGAAAGCUUAGAAUUAAAAUAAAUUGUCGAAAAUGGAGAAGGCAACUCUAGUUCAUCAACAAUAUCAACAAAAAUUGCAAACGCAAGAUGCAGCCGGCAAUGCGAAUCUAAGCAAAACUAAAAAUGAAAACGAAAUAGAAAUGGAAAAUGAUCACAAACACGAAAAAGAAGGCAAACGCCAAAGUACUGAUACUAGUAAAAAUUGCGGCGAUGAAAAUACGAAAAUAAUAAGACCAAUAGAAACAAUAAUGCCACCAAUUACCGCAACAGCCACUGUAGAGGUAAUCGAAACAGCACCAAAAGCGGCGGAAACGGUGGCUAACAGUAACGAAGAGACUGAAAACGCGGCCAUGGUGGGCGCUGAUGCGACGAAGAUGAGCACAGCGACACCUCCAGACACAAAUUCACACACAAACACAAAAACAAAAGCAACAAAAGCAACAACAGCAAUAUCAAACAAUUUAGCACAUGCAACAACUACAGACGAAAGCAAAACUAUAUCCAAUUACAAGUUGAGAGAAUUCGUGGUACCAUCCAUACCCAACGCCAAGGCGGGCAGCACGAACGUUACAAGUGGGGGUGGUGCAAGCAGUGGGACUGGUACCAGUGCCAAAAAGAAACGUAAUAAAGUCUUAAAAAAACGCGAAGAAAAUGAAACACGCAGGAAUGAUAACAAAAAAACGGGUACCAAUAAUAUCGACAGAGAUGCAACCAACGGAGUUCGAAGCCAAGGUAACGCCAUCUCAGCCAGUUCGUCAAAUAAUGAUACCGUCAGCGCCGCAGCCAACAUGAAAACAUCUGUAUCAUUGACGUCACUGCCACCCGAUGACGAGAAGUCGGAGAGUCGUGACGUAAUUAGAGCGAAGCUAAGAGUCGAACGUCCUUACAACAGCUUAAAGAAAAACAUUGAACGUAACGUUGUUGGGUCUACGUUGGGCGUGAAGGCGCAUUGCUUUAGCCAAAGCCAAAGUAGUACGAGCAGCUUCGCAAACCAUCGCUACUCGUGGGGUAGCGGCUACAGCUACAGUUCGUCAAGUUUGCAUAGCAGUGCUACAGUUGGACUGGGUUCGGCUAAAGACGACCUAUGGGCGGCAAUCCAAACGAACUAUAACUACAUCAUGGACACAAAUUUGUUGGACUCGUGCAAGGAAGCCGAGCGACAUCUGGCGGAACAGACUGAGCACACCAAUGAUGUGCAUUGUGAACAGUCACAGUGUUGUUUGAAGUUACUUGGUGUAACACAACGCCGCGAAAUGUCGUGGCAUGAUCCGAAAGAGCUGCGCAAAUGGCUGCGAGAAAUGGAAGAGCGUUUAGAGACUGCCCCCACGUUGUCGGUUGCUACGGCAUUAACGACAGCAGAGUUGCAGCGCUGUUUAGCAGAGCAUUCGGUGUUGUACCAUGAAAUCGUAUCACAUGCACGAGUGGUAAGCGCCUGCAUUCGGGCUGCAUCAGAAAAGCAUCAAGGGCAGGUGCAUUUGCAACAACAGCAAGAAGAGGAACAGCAGCUGCAAUCUCUUGAUAGUUGCAGCACAACAAUCGCGGAACAGACCAAUUCAUCAGUCACAUCCAACGAAGAGGAAGUAUUGUCAACAGAGACACCAGCUGACAGAGCCGAUGGUGAAUUAGGCAGUGACAAUAGCAGCAGCGGAAUUGAAACUGCAGAAAAAUCGUAUUUGUCGCCGAAGAAGCCAUCUGUUAAUUCCACUACUGGUUCUUUUGAUUUUGAACAAACAGCAAAUUCCAAGAUUGUUGAGGAUAGCUUGGAGCGCUUGCAGAACCGUUAUCACUUGUUAUAUUUGAAGGCAUUCGAGGUGCAGCUUUGGCUUGACGGUUUGCUGCGCAAGAAAAGCUCAACUGGGAAUAUUAUUUGUGCGGCUAAUUACGUUGAUGAUCAAGACAAUGAAUGCAAUUCUUCAGAGUGCGAUGAGGAUGAAGCUGCUGCAACAGAAGACGAUUUAAAUAUUCUUGGUUCCGGAAUCGAGAGCGAUAUCACACAUAACUCUUCUUCAAUUUAUGAACUACAGAAUUGUGCUGAUUUGGUAAAAGAGGUCGAUUGCGACGCUACAAAGGGCGACUGCGAAGACGGUGACGACGAAGAGGAGGAGGAGGACGAGGACGAAGUGGACUUCGGUCGUUCCAGACUUGAUUGGCCAGGACGAGGCUAUAGCGCCGUACUGGUAACAUUCGACAAAAGAGGCGGUGUUGGCGGAUCUGCUCGCGCGACCACUCUCACGGACUUUGAGGCUGAUUCGGAGAGCAGCGACUGGGAGACAACACAACAGCAGGUGUCUGCCCAACGUAAGCCGUACAACGCCAUUUUAUGCUCAAAACAGCAGCUAGAAAAUAAAGCGAUUUCAAACAAUUCAAAUUCAUUCGGCAUACCGGUGAUUGGAGAGAACAGUGCCAGCAACGACAUUACCCUUAUACAGUCUGAUAUUUACACCUCUAACACUGAUACCGCUGACAGUUUAGUUGUGUAUAAACAGGGAGAAAAUGCGUCUGCAAAUGCAUCACCUAUGCCGAUGAAAUCGAAAAUGAAUUCGAUGAAUACAGAUGGCGAACAAGAGAUGCUAGCUCCGAUGAGCGCUUCCACUGUCGCCAUCACAGCCGUCACAGCCAUUACCAACACCGCUAACAAAACCUCGACGGCAACGCAGACCCAGCAGAAGCUCCAAACCUUGCACAAUAACAAACAGGUUGGUGCACCGACCAAACAAAAGAGCAUCGCUGUCAUUUCGCCGAACAGUCACAAUAAUAAAUCGCCGACCGUGUUGCGCAAGCGGCAGCAGCAACACCACACUGACAUCUCCAAGUUUAAUCGAUCUAAUCGCAAAUCGAAAAACUGUGCCGUUUUCUACUUUAAGCAUUUAGACACCGACAACCAGACGAACUGCAGCAGCGUUGGCGACGAUGGUUUGUCAUCUUCCACUUCACAAACAAACGAACAUCACUUGCUGAAAUCCGCUGACGCAUCAUCGGAUGACGAUGGCGGUUGGUUGUACUCGUCGGUCUUGCCGCCACAAAUGAACGAGUUGCCUAGUGAAUGUGCUAACAAAGGCAGCAGUGACAAAAGCAACAACUGCAUCACAACCAUAGUCAUCGACGGAGUUCAGUCGUCCGCGGUGUCAUCCACCACAGCAGUAACAACAACAACAACGGCCAUCGCCAUUAUUAGUGACGACUCAGAUAAGGAGAACAAGGAAGCACGCGCCGCAACAUUGGUAACUGCAGCACUAACAACAACACCGCCUCCAGCGCAAGCUCCAACAGUGGCCGCAUCACAAGCAUCAAGUAUCAACACAUCGUCAUCUUCAUUGUCGCAAAGUCACACACAAAAUACACACGCCGAAAUUCAAUUGACUCCGGUGGCAGCAAUAGAAACAGCAGUGCAACAGUCCGGUGCAUUGGCAUCGUCGGCAGCUCGAUUGGUUGCCAAAAGCAGCGUGGUAAGCUGUGGAAGUGGCAGCAGCAGCAGCUAUAGCACCAGAAGUAGUAGCUGCUCCUCAAACGAUCUGCUCACCGAGACGACAUCGGCGACCAAUACAACACAAGUCACACAAAUGCAUUUCCAAUGCAUGCAUCGCUCCGAAGUGGAAUUGCAAAUCGACAGCAACUGUAACAAAUCCAAGCAAAUGAUGGACGACGGUGCGACCUGUGGUGUAACCACCGGCAAUUCCCAUAGCAAUAAUAAUAAUAAUACUUAUGUUAAUAACUGCAACAACAAUGAGGGCAGUGCCAACUCUAACACUAAUAAUAAUCAGUAUGCUGGAAUGAUCCACCAACAGCAACAAAAGCGGCUGCUACAACCGCAGUAUUGUGAGCAGUUCGAUAUUUCAAAUGGAAAUCCACAAAAGAAUGAACUGCCAUAUUCCGUCCGCUGCCGCACUAAACACAAUAUUGCUUCAAUUAACAAAACUCCAAUGAAACACCAACAAUCGCAGCAAAUGGAGACUAGAAAAGGUCUACUGCCUCCACGUUCGCCGAAUAAGUCGGUAAAGACGCCACAGUCGACGGCGCGAGGUGAAAACAUCGGUGCUGUUAACGUGACAAAGGGUACACUCUCACAUGAAUCUAUCAAACAGCUGGUACUUGAAGCAGAGCAUUUAGUACGGGACGCCGAGGCAUUAAAGACGCCAAAUAAGCAGAAACAGAAGCAUUCCGUCAUCAAAUUGUCGUCAACAGUGAAAAAACGAGAGGUGAUCAUGCCAGGCCCGAUCAAACAACGUGUCCAAGAGUGGCUGGAGCACCAACCAUCAACGCCAACUCAAUUGCACAGGAAUCCUACGGGUGAAUUACAUGGUAAUGCGAAUGUAAAGGCAGGCGAUGACUGUGAAGCAUCGGGCGAAGCAUCGGAAACAGAUUCCGUUCCACAGCCUGGUUCAGAUACUUCUGAGGGUCACACAGACUCCAUAGCUACCUGUAUGCAAACUAGCACAAACUCGUACGGUGGCAACUCCACCGAAUGCUUUGGAGGCUCCGCAGAACCAAUUCUCAGCCCAACGACGGUACUAGGCUAUGGAAGCAGCAACCAGAGUUUAAAUGUCAAGAUUGUGAAACGGUCACAGGCACGCCGUAAGUCGGAACGACCAUGGUCGGUGUCGUGUUUGUCGCAAUUGACCACCGAUACAGUGCAAACGGCGACGGCUGUGGCAACGGUAAGCAACGUGCAAACUGGGCUCGCCACGCACUCUAUCAGUGAGUCGGCACUGGACUCUCUAUCGCCUGGUCGCCAACGUGCCUCCUCCUCGUCCACCACUAAUGUAACCCAAGUGAAAGUGUGCAAUAGUAAGGGUUCGUUGAAGCGGCGCAAAACACGCAAGAAGAAAAUGUCAUCUGGUACAAUUAUUGGCAUGGUUGCCUCUAACGCACAUUCGGCUGGCAAGAAAACGCCAGAUUCUUUGUCAGAGGACACAGCCGAGGUGCCGCGACUCACGCAGACGCUGCUCAUGAAGUCGUGUGAAUCGAUGUCUGCCCACCAAAUACGCGAGAUAACGAGCGCGCUCUUGAGCUUGCAACGCAGUAACGUCACAGUGGCAAACGAGGGCGCUAUAGGCGGCAAUAUCGGUGUAGCACAAAACGCGUUGGUACAAUCGCCGUCGCAACAGCACGCAGUGCCAGAAAAGCAGAACGAAAGCGGCGAGGAGGCGCAGUUGAUGAAACCCAACUUUCGCGUGGGCUCCUAUACUUCGGCAUACAUGCGCAAUGAGAAGCGGCUAGGGUCGUUGGCAGCAUUGGCCACCUAUAUGAACGAUGAAGAAGAACAGCAAGGAGAAUACACCACUGGUACUGAGGAUCAUCACAGCAGUUUCUCGGAAACAGCCUGGGACAACUAUCAAGAAAAAUAUAAUUCAGAGAACUACUCUGAAGGAUUCGAUUCGGACGCAGCCAGAAAGCUAAUGGAAUUCGGCGACGAUUACCGGAAUUUCAUCGAUUCGCAGUCGGAUUGCUGUUCUUCGCUAUCUGCUGCCAACAAUUUAGAUUCGUUGUCUCCGCCACGUAUGGACUCAUUGCAACAAACGGACACAAAAACCAUUACGCAAGACACAAUUGCCAACAGUGUGGACCAUGCUAGACGUCGUCGUGCGCUUGACUUGGAGUAUGAAAGAAGACGUAAAACAUUAGAGGUUCGUCGCAAAUCAUGUCAAGAUUCAUCUGACACGCAGAAUACACACAGUUCGGUGUCACUGUCAGCUUCAGCAAAUGCUAUUGCUCCGAAAAUUGGUAUGGAAAAAUUGAAUCAGCAACAAAAACUGGAUUCAACUAGCCGCAAAUUGGAAUUCGGAAUGAGUCAUUCGGCACAGUCCUUGCGUCGCACAUCAGAAAGUGAUACAUCAACACGUCGUCGUAAAGUUGACGACCGUCGUCGCUCUUCACGCAACCUGGAUAAGUGCAUCAAGGUCAUACCGGCCACCUCUUCGUCCAGCGGCGAUGACACCGACGACGAAAAGGAGAUGCGUAAUUUAUUACAGCAAAGCCGCAACCGCCUAGAAGACACCGAAGCCCUAAAGAUACGCUGCCACCUAUUGCGCCCUGAGGAUUACACGGAGAUUAUCAACACUUGCCGUGAUAAUAUUCGGUGUCUGGAGGCUGUUCUGCGUGGCCCUCCUGGCACAGUACUCUCCGCACAGUGUGCCGGCCAAACAAAAGAUCUGUUAGCAGCCUGGGAGGAUCUGUUAGGCUGGAGCGAAAAUGCUGCAUCCGCACGUAAAAUGCAACAAGAAAUGAUCAUUCUCAAGCACUCUCUGAGUAAAUUGGGCAACAAGAGUUCGUUUGAACUGUUAGACACAGAACCGCAGAUCCAAGUCGCCAUCGAGUCUUUAAAGAGUGAAAAAACGGUGUUGCAGAAUUAUCGCACAAAUAUGCUUCGCCUGAAUGCCAGUGUGCACAGUUGGUUAACACGUCAGGAAAGACGUCUGCAGAAAGUAUUGGCAGAGAAGGAAUUGCAAGAAGCUGGUGAGGAGGUCAUCAAUGAGCCUGAGCAGCUCGUAUCCUCUGCAGUGAUUCAAGAUAAAAAGGUUGUAGUAACGACAGAUUUCAAUAGCAAUACGCGAGAUAACGUAAUCAUUGGUACCGCUACUAUGACUGCUUCGAUCGGCACAAGUACGAUGAGUAAGGGCGCCAAAGUAUUGGAUAUACACACACUAAUCAAUGCCGAGAAUGAAUUCCACAAGCACUUGAAGAACGAAGUGAGUGACAUGUACAGCGCCUGGGACGAUGCUGACGCAAGAAUAAAUACACAAUUGGAGACGCUUACAAAUUCGUUGAUCGCUUGGCGACAGUUGGAGAAUGGGCUGUAUGAGUUCCAGCAAGCGCUGGGGCAGGAUCGUGGUACGUUAAAAGGUCUCGAGGGUGCUCUGGACAAAGGUCAAGCUACCCCAGUGGAGCUCGCUCAGAAUGUUAAAGUUGUGGCUAAAUUACUUUCAGAGCGUGUAAAUGUUAGUCAGGAGCAGCUUACAGCGGUGCAGGAGCAUCUCGACCCUAAUCAUAUAUUACAUAUCGCAAAAUUCACAGCUUCCAACGGUUCGCUUUCGGACUCUGGAAUUUCCGACGGUGGUGCUACUUCGGACGGUGGGCUAUCGGAGCGCGAACGCCGUCUGGGUGUUUUGCGGCGUCUAGUAAAGCAACUGGAAUUGGCGUUGGCCCCUGGUAGUGAAGCGAUGAAGUCCAUUGCAGUGCGCAUGGAGUCCGCUGAAGCAGAGCUCAAAACCUUGCAGAACACUUGUCGCGACUUGAUCGUGCGCACAGCAGCUACACAUCAAAAUAAGAAAAUCCAACAACAAUUACAGCAAACAGAGGCACAACAACUACAAGUACCUGGAGAAGAAAACGUCAACAAAGAAGUGAACAAACUCAGUGAAAAUGUGAAAGCUAACGGGCAUGCGGGAGACAAGAGAGACAGUGCAACACAUGGCCAUAACUCUCCCUUAAAACAAAACCCAACAGCAAAAAGAAACGGCCGUCGCAAUCAAAUCAAGAAUACCGCCGAAUCAAAUGCUAACGCUGGUAGUAAAAGUACGUCAUCUAAAAACGCAAGGGGCAAUAAAGCGCUAUGCACCGGUUUGACUGCGGGUGCGCCUGAUUCUGGUGAUCCCGCCGACGAUCCGGACUUGGAGUUCGACUUGGACAUGGCGGACGACAAGGAUGGCAAGUCUUCGCAUAAUAGCUGGGCUUGGCGCAUUGCCAAAGCAGCUGUGCCCAUGCAAUUGGCAUUGAUCACUUUCCUCUGCGCCGCUUGCCUGAUGCAGCCCAAUUGCUGCGACAACCUCAACAAUCUGUCAAUGAGUUUCACGCCUCAACUGCGCUAUAUUCGGGGCCCUCCGCCGAUUUGAAAUAUCUUAUAUCAAUACCCCCAGAUGCUUCCAACAGCGCAACUAAGCAGUCCAGACGCAGCUAAUGGUGCAACUGAGCUUACGUUACUGAGCUUACGCUUACCAGAUAUACCACAGACAUGCAUAGCUUUGUUUUGUACGUUGCAAAUAUGGUAGAAACUGCGGUUGCCAAGAUGGUUGUUUCUUAGGGGUGUAUAGGAACUAACGUAGCCGAUAAGUUUGUUUACAUGUCUUAAUAAACGCAUCAACAGCACGGGUUAAGGACUUAUCGAUUAAGCAGAUAUCCACGCAGCGCAAUAUUUUUACAUAUCAUCCAAUGGAUUGCAAGUCGAAUGAGCCGUUCAUUCUAAGCCAAACUUGGUUCAUAAGAAGAUGGAGGACUAGCAGACUAGGGCGAUAGAAGGACACUUAAUUUAAUGGAGAGGGUAUUUUAUUUAUUAAGGUUGUAAGAGCAUUUGAAAAAUGGAAAAGGAAAUUUCUAAAAAACAAACAAAAAGAACAAAUACAUUGAAAAAACGGGUAUAUUUACAACGAUCCCAUGCUUCACAAGGAAUUAUAUUAACGGCAUUAAAAGCAAUCAGUUGGAAUUGUUGUCUUCUGAAAGCAUUGAGCGACGUUGCAUUGAUUUGGGUUUUGUGAAAUUUAAGCGUGCCACAUUAUUAUGGGCCUGGAAUGCCACGGACUAAUCCCAAAUUAGUAAAGUUUGUAUUAAGAUAAUGACCAGAGGACAACAAAUGGCAACAGAUUGUGCUGAUGCAGUUACAAAAAUAGAAAAUUGCUCGAGGUUUUGAAGCAACAAUUAUUAUAAAACACAAGCUUUGAAGUAAGACAGUAGUCCUUACGGAAAACUAGAAUGGGCAUUUUCAAAAGGCCACAGUUCGAUCAAACAAUCACUAGAAUCGCCAAAUGAAAAUAUUAUACAGCGGCUUUUUUGUUUCGAAAACACUAAAGUGCCUGGAAUAUACCGCCCAAAAUAAAAUGGUUGAUUAUACACAUCCCAAAAAAGUUCCUUAUAAAAUGAUCUGAAUUAAUAGAAAAUGCAUAUUGUGGAAUGGAAACAAACAAUUUAUACAUAUUUUAAAUUACCGGUUGGUGGAUUGACUGACAUUUUACUUUGGACGCUCAAUGCCCACAAAUUCAAGCGGGAUUUCGAUUCAUCGCUAAAAGUCCUUUUCUAUUACAUUAAUAGGUGCAGCAACUGAAACUUACUUUAGGCUAGUUGAUUCGCACUCUACUAAUAUAUGUACAAACAGGGACUCACAGCUUUCUUGUGUUCAUUUAGCUUAAGGAAUUGUAAGUUGUAUUUUGAAAGCAAAAAAAAAAAAACAAGAAAAAACUUAAAACUACAUUCAAAUUACGAACACCAACAAAUAAAUUCAAAGUCACUUUCAAUUGAAAAGGGAUUCUUACAACAAGAACAAAUUACAGCGAAAACGACUUCACAGCUUAUUUCAUGUGUUUAGGUAAACUUAAAAUAAUUAUACAAAUUUCAAAAAGAUUUUUACCAACCAAUUUUUAUAGGACAGUCUUUUUGUUUUUGAUUUAAACCGAGACUGCAUCGAGCCCACAAGUUUUUUGUAUAUGGCAUUGUAUAUGCUUUUCUGCCUCUUCUCUUCUAACGCCCGUUUUAUGUCCUGCCAGUUGUUAAUAUGAGAAUUCAAGCUCAAGAACUCUGUAAAUUCUCAAUUACAUUGAUUUCGGGCGAUUGCGCUGGGGUUUCAAUCACAAGGAGGCAGUUCCAGAUAAGCCAUGAUUGACAAUAUUCGACUUGUGUUUGGGUGGUUGUUUUGAUAGAAUCGAAAUUUAUCCCGAGCUAUCCAACACUUUGCAAUACAAUAUUUUUCGAUAAAUUUAAAUAAGUAGUGUUAUGCCGUCCUGAUGACCUGCAACCCCAAGCCAUAAUGUGACCCCUACCGUCUUUUACUGAGCCUCGCAGGUUCUUCGGCGGCAGCUGUCAAUUAGGUUGGCGCCAGAUAAACGUCUCCAUCGAAUCGAAAAAUAUUAAAUUUGUUUUCAUCAGCAAAACUAAAGUACUUCCAAAAGGUUCCGUUCUUAUUAAAUGACUUAUCAAACUGCAGUAUGGACUUUAUAUUUCGCGCACUAACAAAUGAUUUGUUUUGAGCUGUUCUUUCAUGAAAAUUGGCAUUACGGAAAAUUUUUCAAGCUGUGGGAUCGGUUUACACCGUAUUUUGUUUUUGUAUUAAAUUUGUAUUUAAAUUAAAAGUUACUUUGAAUUCGUUUGUUGGUGUUCAUAGUUCAAAUAUAUGAAUCUUUGAAUGUGCAUUUGAGUUUAUUUGAAAAUGUACAUUUCCUUUUGAAUAAAACAUAAGGCGAAGUGGGCUGUGAGUCACUGUAUAUCAAUCUAUGGGUGGUCAUACUCGUACAUGAUAUAUAUGUAUUUUAUUCAUAUCGUAAUCGUGUUGAAAACUCAAUUUUAAAUAUGAGCCAAUUCUAAUUCAAACAAAAGAACAAUAACGAAAUACUUUAUGCUUAAUAAUUACUUUAAAUUAAGUUACUAAAAUAUGGUUCUAAAAGUAAUUGAUAAAUUUUCUAUGCAAUUUAUACUUAUUCUUAGCGUGUAUGCUAAAUAAGGCGAGCCCCGAUUGUCGUUGGAACAACUUCGAAAACGGCUAGCUUAAUUAAAAAAUAGCAUUAAAUAUUUCUCAAUAUUUCUAAAGGAUCUUAAAAUUCUUCUUCUAUGGGCAAUACAAAAAUAUAAAAAAAAAACAAUAAAAAUUAUAUUUUACACGCCAGACACACA